AUGAAGUGUGUCACUGUCAUAUUGUACACAGUGAUCAGCAUUCAGUGUUGUUACUGCAGGCUCGAACAGUCGGGUGAUAACUGCUUUAGCCACGCUGUGUUCCCUGCUCACCUCAAAGAACUCAGAAGCUCAUAUCGGAAAAUAAGGACUUAUUUUCAAAGGAAAGAUGACAAUUUGCACAUAACUUUGCUGGGAGGCAGACUUCACCAUGGAUUCAAGGGCCGUGAAGGAUGUCAGUUUUUGAAGGAAAUGCUGAAUUUCUACCUCAGGAAAGUAAUCCCAGCAGCCAAGACCCAUCAACAGUUAAUCGAUAAUAACAUCAGUAAAAUUGGGAACACACUGUCUGAGCUGCAGGAAAAUGUUCAAAAUUGUCAUAAAACCUUCAACUGUGAUGUGUGUGACUGCAGACCUAGCGCAAACAUUCAGAAUAUCAAUGGAGUAUAUAAGAAGUUGCAGGAUAAAGGUGUAUACAAAGCCAUAGGAGAGCUCAACAUCUUUUUUGACUGGCUUCAGAAGUACAUAACAAUGAAAAUGAAAUGAAAAGCAGCAGAACUGACUUGGAUGAACCAACACUUCCUGAGUUAACAAAGUCACUAGUAUUUAACGUGAUACUUAUAUUUAGACUUGGCAGUUUCAGAAUUUCUUUUAAUUCAUUAAAUCAUUUAGAAAUUGUGAUGUUCUCUGCUCCCAACACUUGCUGAUCCUUUUAAGAUGAGAAUAAUGGUCUUAUAAUCCUUCUGGAGUUUAAUCUAGUUGAGACAAUGGGUUGGUUACUGAUUUGUCCUGCUUCUAUUGCAAAAGUAUUAGUUCUAUGCUCAGUUGAUGCUUGCUCCCUUAACUAAUUUAUCAGAGAUUAAUUUUUAAAAAUUGAUGCUGGAAAUCCACAACAAUAUAAUGGCAUAAACAGUUUAAAUAUUUCCCUUCACUGAAUAUCUUUAAAAUUCAUCCUGA